AUGAAGAAGACGACGAUGAAGAAGAAGAAGAAGAAGAAGAAGACAUUGCGAGAUGAAGAAGAAGACGAAGUGAUGACGAUGGCAUCUGAUAUGUUUGCUUUUCUCCUCGACAGGCCCCCUAUCUGUCUGUCUGUCUGUCUGCCUGUCUGUCUGUCUAUCGGUCUACCUAUCUAU